CCUGGUCGGAAAUGCCAAAGACACCCAAGGUAGAACAUUGUUUUCUUUGUGCGCGUCUUGUUUUUUCGUUAAUUUUAGUCACUUAACUAAACCGAAGCCUCGACGACGUGUCUGGCAUUAGCCACAUUACGGACUCAAACAUCAGUCUUCAAGUCUCAACACUCGUUGAAGGUUUGCAACCUACUUUAGCCUAGCCUAGCUGGGCAACCGCUAACAAAGCUGCAAGGCACGUCGUCAAGCGUUCAGAAAAUGUCCGGGAACCCGACACCGGCUGCAGUAAAGUUCCAGGAGGUAAAAGAGGAGCCCCCACGUCACCAAGACUCGACUGUUUGCAAAAUAAUGCACGCAAAGGCUGUUCUUCACACACUAGAAGAUCUGAAUGUCACCCAAGCCCAUCAUCCUGAGCACCAGGAAUCUGCAUGCAUCAAGAAGGAGGGGGAGGAAGAGUCACCAUACAUCAAGGAUGAGGAAGAGUCUGUACCCAUUCAAGGUUUUAGCAAAUAUCUUGGUCUUGAGGGGCAGGAGUCUCCUGGUGUUAAAGAGGAAGUCGAGCACGCGCAUAUAAAAGAGAAAGAGCCAGAGCACUCUCAACAGCAACUUCCAGUCAAAAGGGAGGAGGUAAAGCUGCCAUAUAUUAAAGAGGAAGACUAUAUCAACAGGUUGACUGGUGAGCCCUUGAAGAGUGAAGAUGGUCCGAGUGAGGUCAGCAGCGGGACGGAGCCUCCAAGCAGCAGCAGCAGCAGCAGCUCAACAGAAGGAUUGCAAGCCUACAUUUUCAUCGCACCGUCAGAUAGAAAUGGGGCCACGUCACACUCACCUUACAAAGAUGAUGGUCCUAAGAAAUUUCACCGUGAUGACAACCUCUGCAAAUGGUCUCAGUGUGGGAAAACCUUUGCUAAUAACUAUACUUAUAUUAUGCACAUAAGGAGCCACACAGGUGAAAAACUUUUCUCCUGCUCCUUUUGUGGUAAAAAGUUCUCUGACAAAGGCAACUUGAAAAAACACACAAGAACCCAUACAGGUGAAAAACCUUUCUCCUGCUUCGUUUGUGGUAAAAAGUUCUCUGACAAAGGCAACUUGAAAAAACACACAAGAACCCAUGCUGGUGAAAAACCUUUUUCCUGCUCAGUUUGUGGUCAUGGUUUUAUUCAAAAGAAAAACUUAAAUACACACAUGAGAACCCACACCGGUGAAAAACCUUUCUCAUGCUCCUUUUGUGGUAAAAAAUUCUCUGACAAAGGCAACUUGAAAAAACACACAAGAACCCAUACAGGUGAAAAACCUUGCUCCUGCUCCGUUUGUGGUAAAAAAUUCUCUGACAAAGGCAACUUGAAAAAACACACAAGAACCCAUGCUGGUGAAAAACCUUUUUCCUGCUCAGUUUGUGGUCAUGGUUUUAUUCAAAAGAAAAACUUAAACGCACACAUGAGAACACACACUGGUGAAAAACUUUUUUCCUGCUCAGUUUGUGGUCAAGCAUGCAGUCAAAAGGAAGCCUUGAAAAGACACACAAGAACCCACACUGGUGAAAAACCUUUCUCCUGCUCUGUUUGUGGUAAAAAAUUCUCUGAAAAAGGCAACUUGAAAAAACACACAAGAACCCAUACCGGUGAAAAACCUUUUUCCUGCUCAGUUUGUGGUCAUGGUUUUGUUCGAAAGCAUCACUUAAACAUACACGUGAGAACCCACACUGGAGAAAAACCAUAUUCCUGCUCAGUUUGUGGUCAAGGGUUUGCUUGGAAGUAUCAGAUUAAGAGACACGUGUGUGUCUAACAUGUGCUAUGUCCAAUCCUUGUAUUAUGUGCAUCCACACGAUAGUACUUGCUCACUUGAUUUAACUGUCAAGUUAAGUGGCACUUUUUAUACUGUACUCCCCCUCUUUCAAAUGACACUUCACAGUUAAUAUUUGAAACAGUAGAUCCCAAAUUACAAAAAUUCUGAAUCAUUAAUAAAUAAUAUAAUUACAUUAAUAUGGAAAAUUACGAUUGGCUCACAAAUAAUGUUUUUGGGGUGGGGAUGACAAAUUUUAAAAAAUUACUAUUACUACCCUUGAUUGACAGUGAUGUAUUACAACAGAGUAUUUGGGCAAAAUAAGGGGGGGGGGGGGGGUAAAAGGACUACAAUAUUAAAGUUGUACUGUUACUACAAGAAAAGUAUUGUUAAGUAGGGGUUAUAUAGCUGAAUAAGCAGCUACGCACUUUACAUACAUGUACCUUAGCUGGUAGCUAUGAUGAAGCAUUAGUACAAAGCCUUCUAUUGAUUAUAAUUUUAUGUAGAUGAGCUAAAAGAUGAAGGAUUUCCUCAUUUUGGAAAGUGAUUCUUAAAAACAGCCUUACAAGAUGCUUUCAUGAUUGCGGAUUUUAGCAUAGGCGGCAACGCGCAACAUAAAAUAUAUAGCUGCUUAUUCAGCUACAGUACCCCUACGUAAUAAUGCGACUUUUAUUCUCAUAGUAAUCGUACAACUUAUUUUCUUGUCGUGACAGUUCGACUUUUUAUUUUUCAUUGUAAAAAUACGGCUUUGAUUGGACAUAUGAUAUUUUUAUUGUAUGUGCUUUUAAUUAUACCAGUCCCAACUGAUGAAAAUC